CACCAUAUGAUUCCAAAACUCUUAGGAAUGCCCAGCUGCUUUCAAAAGGGUUUAUUUGCUCUCAGUGCUGUGUUAAGCUUUGCCUCUUUCAUCCUGAUCCUCGUGGCCAUGGGCAGCCAGAAAUGGAUGACAGGGAAAAUUCUUUGCAAAACCGGUGCUGAGCUGGUCAACGCCACAGACCCUGAGUUAAUCAAGUUCAUGGGAGAAAUUUACUAUGGGCUCUUUGAGGGGCGCAAAAUGCGACAGUGUGGACUUGGGGGCCGGUCUUCCAGAUUCAAAAUGUUUCCACACCUGGUGAAAAAGGUGAACAUGAUGCUUCAUGUGACAAUUAUCCUCUCCUUGUCAGUGGCAUUUUCUUUCGCUCUGGUCAGCUGCGGAUUCUGCUUCUUGAACCUCCUAAAAGUCCCUUUUCGGGCCAUUCAAGGACCUGCAGGAGUAGCUUUGUGGAACUUGGUGGCAGGAGGAUGUACCAUGCUGGCUGUGACUGCUUUUGUAUCAGCUGUCAAACUCCAUCAGCUUACAGAAAGAAUUGCCAAUUUUCGGGAAAAUGGCUUCCAGUUUCUCAUCCUGGAAGAAAAGUAUAUGCCUUCUUUCUGGCUUUGUGUAGCAAGUGCAACAAUCCAUGGGCUGAAUCUGGUCAUUGUUGCCCUCAGCGCAAUUCACUUCCCGACUUUGAAAACAAAGACAGAAGAAGCAAAUGUUACAGCAGAAGAUAUCAUGUACUAA